AUGGCGGACAAGCUUCGUACGCAACAAGAGCUCGAACGCCUUCAGGCCAAAUUCAUCGGUACCGGCCACGCCGACACGACGAGCUGGGAGUGGCGCACAAACAUCCACCGCGAUACAUACGCCUCCAUCGCCGGGCACCGACCGCUGCUGUCGUACAUUGCGCUGGCCGAAAACGAGCCGCUAACGAAGACGAGGGCCAAGAUGAUUCGGAAGAUGCUUCAACCUGCCGGCCCCCCACCAGCGCGCGAAGAAUGA